GCGGUGACACGGUUUGCUGUCCUAAAAAUGAAUCUUUCCGCGUGCCGCCGAGGAGAUGGAGAAUUUGGAGUGGCUCCUCGUGUCCGGAGGAGGACGGCUACUCCAGAGCAGGCGUUUCGUGACGUAACGUGUGAAAAAGGAGAGCCUUUAAGUUUGAGGCAGGAGGGCGUCUCAGCAACCUCUUGCCUCCUUUUAAAGUCAGAAGAGGAGCAACAUCAGCAGCGAGCGUCUCGGGCAAGUCCAGACUCGGGGCCCGGGAAGCAGGUGUGCAAGAGGCGCUGGAGGGGCGGAUCCGGCCCAGCUGCCUGCUUCAUUUCUCCCGAAGCUCUCUGGACGGUGCCUGACUUGUUUGGGGAUGGCAGGAGUUUCUCUGCAGCCAUGUCUCUCCCGGCCGGUCUUCUCCUUGCCCAGGUUGGGCUUCUCAAAGUAAAGAACCUCCCUUCUUGAGAGGGGGAAAAACCCCCACAACCAACAGUGCCGGGGGGGGUGAUGGUGACCGCACAACGAUUUGCACAUUUUUCCUCGGAAACGUGAGCCAUGCCAGGAGGCGGCACUUUGGGGAGCCCCAGGGCAGGAGAGAAGGCCGGCGCAGCCAUGAAGAAAAUGUUCUCUUGUUCCAGCAAUCAAGUGGCGGUCGAGACCUGGAACAAGCAGGACCAGAAGCUUUUGGAUGCCGUUGAGAAAGGAGAUGUCGGAAAGGUGUCCCUUCUCAUGUCCAAGAAGACGGCCAGACCGACAAAACCCAACGCUCUCGGGCAAACCGCCUUCCACUUGGCAGCUUCCAAGGGACUGACGGAGUGCCUCACCGUUCUCCUAAACCACGGAGCGGACGCCAAUGCCAAGAACGAUGACGGUAGCACGGCUCUCCAUUUGGCGACCAUCUCUUGCCAGCCCCAGUGCGUGAAGGUCCUUUUGCAGCACGGAGCGAACGAGGACUGCCUGGAUGGAGGGAAUUGGACGCCUCUGCACUGGGCAGCCUUGUCUGGAUGCGCGUCCAGCGUGUUGCUUUUGUGUGAUCAAGAGGCUUCCUUGGACGUCACGGAUAACAACGGACGGACGCCUUUGAUGGUCGCCGCUCAGGUGAAACAACCUGCUGUUUGCUCCCAGCUGCUCCAGAGGGGGGCCACGGUUGACCUCACGGACAGAGACGGAAAGACGGCACUGAUGAUCGCUUGUGAAAGUGGGAGCACAGAGUCGGUGGAGCUGCUUCUGCAGAGCGGCGCGGAUGUGGCGCGGGUGGACAGGGCGGGCCGCGACGCCCUCCACUACGCCAAGCGGGCCAAGGAUCGGGCCCUGAGGCGGCUCGUCCGAAACGCCCUGAGGAAACAGAAGAAACGAGGACAAGGGCAGGAUCCUUCCUCUGAAGCUAGCUCGCAGGUUCCAUCUGAGAGUGAAAGAGAGACCAAUGGGAGUAGCCUGACCCUCCAGAGCGAGAGAAGAGACCCCAGCGACGGGGAGGAGGAGGAGGAAGAGGAAGGCUCAGAGUUGAAAGAAUGGAGAAUCAGAUAUCGAGAAGAGAAGAUGAAGGUCAUCCAACUGGAACUGCAGCUGUCCCAGAAGGAGAAAGAAUGCGAGGCCCUCUCCGACGGGUGCAAAGCGAUGACAGAGAGAGUGUGGGACCAAGUGCAGGAGAUCAGCCAGCUCCUUCCAGAAGGAGACGACAGGGCGCAAGGGUGGAAGGCGCUGAGCCAGCGGUACAGCCGCGAUUCGACGGAGGAAGACUAUUUCCUCAACCUUUUAGCUGAGCAAGUGCAGGAACUGAAGAGAAGGAGGCAAAAACUGGAAAUGCGGGAGAAACAAGUGUCCCAAAAACUGGAGACGCAAGAGGAGAAGUGUAUCCAUAUAGGCACACCGGCGGGCCGCGACGCCCUCCACUACGCCAAGCGGGCCAAGGAUCGGGCCCUGAGGCGGCUCGUCCGAAACGCCCUGAGGAAACAGAAGAAACGAGAACAAGGGCAGGAUCCUUCUUCCGAAGCUAGCUCGCAGGUUCCAUCUGAGAGUGAAAGAGAGACCAAUGGGAGUAGCCUGACCCUCCAGAGCGAGAGAAGAGACCCCAGCGACGGGGAGGAGGAGGAGGAAGAGGAAGGCUCAGAGUUGAAAGAAUGGAGAAUCAGAUACCGAGAAGAGAAGAUGAAGGUCAUCCAACUGGAACUGCAGCUGUCCCAGAAGGAGAAAGAAUGCGAGGCCCUCUCUGACGGGUGCAAAGCGAUGACAGAGAGAGUGUGGGACCAAGUGCAGGAGAUCAGCCAGCUCCUUCCGGAAGGAGACGACAGGGCGCAAGGGUGGAAGGCGCUGAGCCGGCGGUACAGCCGCGAUUCGACGGAGGAAGACUAUUUCCUCAACCUUUUAGCUGAGCAAGUGCAGGAACUGAAGAGAAGGAGGCAAAAACUGGAAAUGCGGGAGAAACAAGUGUCCCAAAAACUGGAGACGCAAGAGGAGAAGGCCGCAGCCGUCCAGGCGGAGACAGAAGUCCGGUGGCCCGGGGAGGAGGAGGAAGAGGAACAGAAGCGUCAACAAGCGGAGCUGAAGCGCCUCCAGGCCGAAGUGGCGGCAGCCCUCGAGGAGAAGGCGAGUGCGGAUAAAAGGGUGCAGGAGAUGGAAGGGCACAUGGAGAACAUGAGGGCCGUGAUCGGGGUCUACGAGGCCAAGAGGAAGAACCAAAGCAGGGCCCUGAAGGAGCUGGAGGCCCGGGUGAAGGAACUGGGGGGCGAAAACCAGCGGCUGCGUGGGCUGCUGGCGAAGCGUCCGGCAGGCAAGCCGGAGAGUGCGCUCGCCACCGAGAAGCUCUGCCAGUUCCUCGCAGACAUGGAGAAGGUGUCUGACGAAGUCCAGAAGGAGAACGGUGUGGUGAUGGCUGAGAACGUGGCCCUGAAGAGAGAAGCAGAGGAGGCCCUCGGGAGCAAACUCCAGCGCCAGGCAGUGCCCUCCGGAGCGGUCAGGAGGGGCGUGCUUGCUUGGAAGAAGGUCACCGAAGGCUUGGAGCGUGCCUUGAUCCGGUUGGGGCAGGUCAACGCCACCUUCCUGGAGAAAGGCCGGGCCCUGAGGGAAGCCCUCUUGGCCCCUUCCGCGGGAGCGAUGGUGAACGGCGAUGGGCCUCUUGUAGGAGAGAAGGGCACCUUGAGGGAGGAGGUGAAGCCGUCCCCGGGCAACCCUAAAAUCCCCGAAGAGUCCAGAAAGGUCAGGAUGGGAAAGGACCACGUGCCCAACGGCCCCGUUGGGCAGGUCAAGCUUCGCCGGAAACCUGAACCGGCCGAGGAGAAAGCCGGCCCCUGCCGGAAAAGUUCCGACUUGGAGAAGGAGGUGUGGGACCUCAAGAAGAGCAACGAGACCCUGGCCAAGGAGCUCGCCCAGCUGAGCCGAGAGCGGGAGAAGCUUCAAGAGGAGCUGCAGAGGCUGUGCUCUCCGAAAGAGGAGACGUCUCAGGCAGAGGGGACCAAGAACGCAGUGGAGGAGCUGGAGCGGACCGUGGAUUCUCUGACCCAGCAGCUUUCGGCGGAGAAAGAGGAAGCGAGGAAGCUGCAGCUGAAGCUGGAAGUCCAGAAGGAGGAGAUGGAGGCGGUGAAGGGCGGCUUCCUGAAGGAGGCAAGCAAAGAGGCCAACAGCUUCGGAGUUGGAAACCUGGAUAGCUGCAUUCUGAAGGAGUUACACUGGAAGCUAGACAACGUGGUGAAGAAGCAGAACGAAGCUUUGCAGCUGGUGUCCGAGAUGGAAGAGGAGAACCACAGCCUUGAGGCUGAGCAGAACGGCUUGGGCACCUUCCCAAGAGAGAAGAAGCCCCAGCUGGAUGUCUCUCUUGAAGCCGCGGACGCUGCCGGGGACAACGUGAAAGUCAGGCAGCGGAUGAGCGAGCUAGAGAAAGGCCUGGAGGACGCCAAGGAGGCCCUGGAAGCAGACGAAGCUUCUCCGGGCAUUAGUGGCCGAGGGGCCGGCAAGCUGAAGCAGCUCCUUGACCAGCUCGGCGCCAAGAUGGCCGAGCUGCGUCAUGAGGAGGAGGAAGCUCUCAAGAAGCAUGAGAAGGUCCGUGGCAUGCUGUCCGUCCGGGCCCAAGCCCUGGGAUCCGAGCUGGCGUCCCUUCUGGAGAAAUACGAGGAAGCGAGGGGAGAAUGCGUCCUUCACAGGGACGCCCUGGCCGCGGAGAAGAGGAAGAACGAGGAACUCCGAGGCGAGGCGGCGGAGCACGAGGAAGAGGUGGAAGAGCUCAGAGGGAAGUCGCAGAUGAUGGAAAAUGCGGUGGAGAAGUUGCAUAAGAAGGUGGAGGACCUGACCAAGGCCUGUCAGGACAGGGAAGCGAAGAUCAAGAAGCUGUUAAAGGAGACGGAGAAGCUUUCCAGCGAAGUCCUCAAUCUGCGCAGCGAACGUGCGCGCCUCCAGCUCCACAUUGAGAUGGUCCAGAAAAACCACCAAGAGAUAGUCACCAUCUACAGGACCCAUCUGCUCAACGCGGCUCAGGGUUUCAUGGAUGAGGAGGUCCACUCGAUGCUGCUCCAAAUCCUGCAGACGAACAGCUGAUGAGCGAGACUCCAUGUUUUGUUCCAGUGGAGUCGUUAACACUGGUAAACAGAGGAGGGAUGCCAGCCUGUCUUUGUAGCAUCCGGAAGCAAGUUCAAACCCACCGUGGGCAUGAUCCAGUGGCUGCCGGUUUCCACUUUUUGGAAGUAUCCGAAUGAGGGUUGUGUGUAAAACCAUUUCUGCUGUUGGAAGGAUGACCGAUGCCAUGUUGGCUACUGGCACCAGGGUGUGCUUGCCCUCUUCUCCGUCGGCUUCUUUCUUUCUCUCUCCCUCUUUUUGCAGAAUCAGGAGGUUGGUUUGGGUUGGGAAGAGCCCAAGGGAAGAAGGAUGAAGAGCAGGAUGGCGGUGCAUAAUUGGACAGCCAUCCGUCCGGGCUGCUUUGAUUUCUGCCCCGAGUCGGGGGUUGGACUAGAUGGCCUUAUGGGCUCUUUUCAACUCCAUUAUUCUAUGAUUCUAUGAUAAUAGCAUUAUAUGGGAAUCAAGACCCUACCCCUCUCCAGGAAACUAGCACAUCAACACUGGCGCAAGAUAGGAAAGCAUCUUCCACGGCCCUUCUUCAUAAAUUAAGCCUCACUGGACUCAAUCUGGUAGAAAAUCAUCUUACUUCUUGGGAAAAAAGGCCACACUGGCUAUAGGAUCCUGGCAGCUGUUCAUCCCCCAAGGAUGCUUUUCCCACCCUUUUUUCUGGAUCCUGCUCUGUUCUUCUUCUUAAUAUCCAAAAGAUCGCUCUUCAAGUAAGCUUGCUUUCCUCGCGUCAGGCUGGGUUAGCACCUAACUCAGGAAAUUAAUCCAAAAUCCAGGGAUGCCCAGCGCCUUUUUUAAAAAGACAAAUAUGCACAAAAUAGGUCAGCUUCCAGGCUCUCAAGAGCUCUUAAGCAAACUAGGGAGUUAAAAAAAUGGGAAAGGGUGGGUGGAGGGGGGAAGGCGUGGAAUUUCAAGCUGUUGGGGCUGGUUGUUUCCUGCCCUGGGGAACUUUAGUCAAAUUUCGUCCCAAAUUGGAACAAAAUUCCAAUUUGGGACCAUUUGAUUUGUCAGGGAGUCUUUGCCCACCUGCUCCUCCAGACCAUCCUAGGAAGGGGGCUAGGAAAUCACACACACACCCCCAAGAGGCUGGGCCUUCUUCGCUGUAGCAUCCAUACUCUGGAACCAGCUCCCAGGUGGAGCUGCACCUGCCCCCCCCCCAACAUUUCAAAGGCUCCUGAGAACAUGGCUUUUCAGGGAGGCCUUUUGUGACACCCCCACACACACACCGCUUGAUUCCAUGCCUUGCCUUCUGUCUUUAAACUAGACUUUUAUGCCUCUUCAUGGUUGUAGCGUUGUACUGUUUCAUUGUCUACUGGUUUCAUUUAUAAACUUACCACAGUUUGGUGUUGUUUUAGUACGUUGUAAACCACCCAAAAUAGUGCAUUGCACUAA